CCCAGACAUCAUCUAAGCCAGCCCAGUCCCGCCCCCCGAGUUGACUCAGUUGCCGCCGCAAUGGAGGAGAACAAGGACCAGUCCAAGAGCGCCUUGAAGAAGGCCGAGAAGGCCGCCCAGAUGGCUGCUAAGAAGGCUGAGAAGGCCGCCAAGCAAGCCACCCUCCCCGUCGUCGGCGGCAAGAAGGCGGACGACAUCAUCGGCAUCACGGUCAAGAAGUCGGAGAACUUCUCGCAAUGGUACCAGGAGGUCGUCCUCAAGGCCGAGUUGAUCGAGUACUACACCGAGAUCUCGGGCUUCUUCAUCAUGCGCCCUGCCACCAUGUACAUCUGGAACGUCAUCCGCAAGUGGUUCCAGGAGCACAUUGACGAGCUCGGCGUUGAGGAGACCAACUUCCCCAUGUUCUUGUCGCAGAAGUCGCUCGAGAAGGAGAAGGAGCACGUUGAAGGUUUCGCCCCUGAGUUGGCUUGGGUUACCAAGGCUGGCGAUAAGGACCUCGAGGUCCCCGUGGCUGUCCGUCCUACCUCCGAGGCUGUCAUGUACCCCUACUACGCCAAGUGGAUCCGCAGCCAUCGCGAUCUUCCCUUCCGCUUGAACCAGUGGAACUCGGUCGUCCGUUGGGAGGCCAAGCAGACCACUCCCUUCCUCCGUGCCCGUGAGUUCAUGUGGCAGGAGGGUCACACCGCCCACCUUACUGAGCAGGCCGCCGGUGAGGAGGUUCUCCAGAUCCUCGAGUUCUACGCCGGUGUUUACGAGCAGCUCCUCGCCGUCCCCGUCGUCCGUGGCCGCAAGACCGAAGCCGAGAAGUUCGCCGGUGGUUACUACACCACCACCGUCGAGGGCUACAUUCCCUCCAACGGCCGUGGUAUCCAGGGUGCCACCUCUCACUGCCUGGGCCAGAACUUCUCCAAAAUGUUCGACAUUACCGUCGAGGAUCCCGCCGAGAAGGGCAAGCACAUCCACGUCUGGCAGAACUCGUGGGGUCUCUCGACCCGUGUCAUCGGUGUCAUGGUCAUGAUCCACGGUGACGACAAGGGUCUGGUCCUCCCUCCCCGUAUCGCCAAGAUCCAGUCCAUCCUCAUCCCCGUCGGCCUCACCGCCAAGAUGUCCGCCGAGGAGAAGGACGCGCACAUGAAGAAGGUUGACGAGCUCCUCGCCACCCUCAAGAAGGCUGGCGUCCGCGCCGACGUGGACACCCGCGAGGGCUACACCCCCGCCUGGAAGUUCAACGACUGGGAGCUCAAGGGUGUUCCCCUCCGUAUUGAGUUCGGUCCCAAGGAUGCCGCCAAGGACGUCGUCAGCUACGCCCGCCGCGACACCGGCGAGAAGGGCACUAUCCCCAUCGCCGAGCUCACCACCAAGGUUCCCGAGCUCCUCGAGACCAUCCAGCAGGAUAUGUACAACAAGGCCGAAGUUUCCUUCCGCGAGCACCGCCUCAAGAUCGAGAAGUGGGAUGACGUUGUCCCUGCUCUCGACGCCAAGAACGUCGUUCUCAUCCCCCACUGCCUUGUCCCCGAAUGCGAGGACAAGAUCAAGGAGCUCACCACUGGCCGCUCUGACGAGGCUGCUGAGGGCCCCGAGUCCCAGAAGGCCCCGUCUAUGGGCAUGAAGUCUCUCUGCAUUCCCUUUGAGCAGCCCGAGGGUCUGGUCAAGGGCGAGACCAAGUGCUUGAACCCCGAGUGCUCUCGUCUUGCCGAGCAGUGGUGCAUGUUCGGCCGCUCUUACUAAGUUGUUCUUUUUUUUUAUAGAAACGGAUGGAAAAGUUAUGGGAAAGUGGGCGAUGGUUCGCGCUCUCUGUUGAUGUUAUCAUGGAAGCUUUUGAUGAAAUAUGCAGGCAGCGCUGGAGUUUGUUGUGGAUCUCAUAAGAAAGCGUAGGCGCCGCGGAUAUUAUUUGUUGCCAUAUUUUAUUCCUUAGGGCCUUUGCGCGAGCAUAAAAAACAGAGAAAAGUUCAUGAACUACUGGAGGGAAAGUAAGAUGUGAAAUGUACAUGAAGGCCAAUUCUUGGUCCCGAAACAAAGUGCCAUCGCAUUUGUCGUUGUGAAGAAAGAUAUCGGAAGAUUGCCCAAACCCUGACCCUGACGCCUCGAUUCCCUCCCCCUUUUUUUGUUCCGAACUAUCCAAGUUCACCCAUAACCCAAAGAGCUAUUCAAAGCAUGGGUAUCACGCGCAAACAGAACACACAAAGACAAAUUAGAAAGGUCAUCGUCAUCAUAUCUCCGAAUACUUUUGAAACUCCUCAACGAUUCACCAUGAAACCGACGGUCCCUUAUUCUUGUUCCUCGCCAAACUCUUCUUCUUCGCCAUCCUCAUCGUCUCCUGCUCCAGCCUCAUGCGCCAAUCACACUCGCCCGCGAACUCGCACGUCUGGCAUUUGUACGACUCCUCCACCGGGACACCCCUUGGGUCCCGCUCGCCCUUCCACCACUGCAGGUCGUCCUGGAGGUACAUGUCGAGCGUCUCAGGCUCGACGUAGAACGAGUUGACGCAGAUGACCGACCCGUUUUCUGGGUUUUCUUCUUCUUCUUCUUCUUCUUCUUCUUCCUUGUUUUCU